AUGGAAAUGAGAAUUGGCUCAUCAGCUACUUGGUUCUUGCUUACGGAUAGCGCUGAAGGUGACGUAUAUCGUGCUGAUAAGAUAUAUGAAAAAAUGAAUGGAAGAAGUAAUAAUGAAAAUGAGAAAACGAUGGGAAUCAUUAAGAAUGACGAUUACAGCAAUGCAAAUAGCGGUUAUAAAGACAAUUGUUCUAUGCAGUCAAUUAUCGAUAAGAACCAUUGUAAUCACUUCAUCAUCGUCAUUGCCGAAACGAGCACAGAUAUGGGAGUACAGUUGAGAUCGCAGAAGAGUGAAGAGGCCGUGAUGCUGUUCGUGAGAGUAAGAAAUUAG